CAUCGCUUCGGUUCGGUCGGUGUUUCCUCUCUGCAAAGGAGUGGCUCGGUAGUUCGUUUGGUCGGUCGGUCGUGCUUUGGCUUGCUUCGAUGGAAGUGGAGUGGGCUGGUGAUUCUCAUGGCGGCGUCGACGGGAUGAAUAGAUCCGAGCGCGUGCGAAGCACAUGUUGUACGCAAGGGUGGUUGUAGUAGAUGACGAUGAUGACGGUUGUAGCGCACGGAUGGGUGAUGAUUACUGCUUCAUUGUAGUGGUGUCACUACGAGGCUAGUGGUGGUGCCGUGAAAGUGUGUAACUAUUUAACUAGCAAUUAUUGCUUGUUGUUGGUGCCGCGAUUGAAGACUACUUUCGUGCGCUGUGAAAAGGGGUGUUUUUGGUGGAGAGUAAGGCGAAUGAUUUUUUUUGCAGAUGCCAAUGACUGUGGGGGUGGCUUCUGUACGGAAGCAGUGGAAUGGAUACGCUCACAGUUGCCGUCGUCAUCGUAACAAAAACAGACGUGCCACGAUGGCAGUCGACUAGUUUCGUGUCUGCAUUCGGGCGGUGUACUACUGGAGAUCCGAGCUACUUGUGAAUAAAUACUCGACGGAAAAUACUUACGCAAAUUCGUUUUAAAUAAGAUUAUUUCCUAUGAAAAAAUGAUCUAGAUGCAAUCAGAAGAAAAUUUUGCAGAAAGUAUAUUUCAUUUAGACUUCAAGAAGAAUAUUCAACGUGGAAGUAAACAUUAGAUUUCCCAACUUAUUCUAUCUUACAACUUGCGCAGGGCCCCUUUCCAUAACCAUUGUUUGCUUGUUUGUUUGUUUAGCAGUCUGUCCUUGCCUUGAGAAAACGAAAAAAACUGCUUUUGUAUAUUCCACCUCCCAUGGAUGUAUACCAUAAAUCAUAACGUAAUAAAUUUGUAACAAAUUUCUUCGUUUAUUUCGUUUGCCAUCCUUCGCUCCCCAGCCGAGGCCGGCAGGCAGAAAAAAGUACCCACCCAACCGUGAAUAGAUGAUAGCUGGAAUACAAAGUGUUUUCCUCCCUUUCGAUGAGGCCUCGUGUUUGAAGAGAAAUUUUUUUGUGGCCAAAAGAAGCGAAUAGCAUAACCGAUCAAAUGGUAAUUCUGGUGUAGGAAAUCUGAAACAAAACGCCUGAACGUAUGCCACGACAGAGUAUCACAUACUAAACGUACACAAAGAAACAUACAAACAAACACACGGGCGUAUAUAUGUUGAGGUAAAAAUAACACUAUACAGUACGAGUAUCGUGAAAACGAUUCCGCAUUUAUGUGAUUAAUGAUGUGCGAAAGCGAUUAGUGAAAUUAGGCAAUCGGGGAGAGGCUUACUGGGGCUGCCAGAAGUUGCUUUGACGUAAGUCAGUCGUGAAUAUCCCAUCUAGUGCCCUUGCUGAGCCUUGCCAUGAUGAUGGUGGCUGAAGAUGGAAAUGCGCGUUUGACGGAAGAGUGAAAAGUGAAGGAAGAUGAUGAUAGCAGGAGAAAAAUGUGCUGAGUGAUACCAAAUGGGAUCUUUUUAUUGGCUAGCCGGGAUGCAAGAUUAGAGGUUAUAUUUUGUGCGAAUCACCGUGAGGCGAAGAUUGUUUUUUUUCUGUCAGUCAGCGGUCCGCUGUCUGGUGAUACAAAGCCUGAGGGGAAAAUUUGUUGACAUCGCAGGCUGACUGGCGUCGGCGAAUAAAUAAAACGAUUGCCCGUACCACCGGGUCGCCUAAUCCGACCGGUCGAAAAUAGCGGCGCAAUGGAAUUCAAGCCCUCCAACACGGCCACAAUUGCGACGAUAGACAAGGGGAACCCACCGCUACCGGCCGCCCUUCUGCAUCCACCUGCCUCGCCCACCAACGUCGGCUGCUGUGUGAUAGGACGUCGCACUCCACCGAGGCCACCGUCCGAGAUCUACUUCGAAAGCCGGGGAAAGUGCUGCAAGAAGCUACUUCGGUACAAUGGCUAUCCGAAUAAGGUCCUUCUCUACCCCGAAGAAGGAUGGGCGCGCAGUGCUGCUUCCAGUUACUGGACAAUAUCACCUUGCCGAUGGCGACGUAAUCGUUGCAUAGUCGAAGAGGUGGCCGGUUCCAGAAAACAAUCUACGCAGGGACGAAUGAUCGUUGUUGGCGAUGGUGCUUUGUUGAUAGUUGGCACAUUCAAAAGACGAGUUCCUGAUCCUGACUUCAAGCUGUACCUGUCCUCCAACAUCACGCUGGCUGACUACAACAUGGGCUACUGCCUGACGGGGACGCUCGAGCGGGGCGACCAGCGGUCCAACACAUUCCAGACGACCCACUUUGCCGUUAUCCGCCGGUGUUGGCCCUCGCACGAACCCGACUCGGUCGGGCCCGGUAGCCACAAGAACCAGCACACGUACAUUGAUUUUUUCUUCAAUCGAUGAUAGUGAGGAAUUGAUGGCGAAAUAAUAUUGAAGCGAAAAAAAACACAUGCAACAUACGUACUACAUAUACACAAGAUCCAUUGGCAACAAAAUAACAAAAAAGUAUUAUCCUGUGCACAACGAUUGAAAGGAGGAUGCACAGGGUAGGCAGGUGAAAAAUAAUACUAGUCGUUUUUGAUGACUCUCUAUGUGCGAGCGGAAAAAAUAUAACAAAAUCAAAAAUUCGAAAACAGUUAAAUCAAAUAUAAUGAAUAUUCAAAAUCCCGUAACAUUCGAAUCAAACAGCUCGAUAGUCAGAUAUAUGUAGGCGAAAUGAUUUUUUAUAUUCAUUGGUGACACAAUGAUUAACAAAAGUCACAAUAGAUGAAACCCAUCCUACUGGAAGGGUGCAGAUAAUAUUUUUGUAAUAAUCGUUUUGUAAAUACCCAUCGACAUCCAUAUUCAACCGUGAUGAAAUAUAUUGCAUUGAAACAUGUGCUUCUGGAUCUCUUUCGGGCUUAUUGCACUGAGCGAAAAUAAAAAAAAAUUAUUCGAUAAGUUGCUUGUUGUUUUAAACAUUACAUACGCACGAUAACUAUAGCAUACAAGCGACAUGAUUACGACAAAAUUUCAUUCAUCAUCAGUUGACCCACUGUCAGUUUGAAGCAUUUGUUUUACUGAUCGGAAAACGAGACUUGCUAUAGCAGAGAACAGAAUUGGCAUUUUUGAAUGUUUAAUCUGUUGAAGCCAGAUGUCAUCGGUGAUUAUUGAUGCAUAAAUAAUAGCAUUAUUGCUGGGAUUUGACAAGUGAGUUAAAUGGAUUGGAUUGAGUGUAUUGAUACAUUAUUAAAAAUGUGACAGACCGCACAAUUAGGCUUUUGACGUCGAAUACACACCGUCGCAUUGAAGCUCGAAGGUUACUGAUGGGGUUUUCGAUUGAUUGACACCGAUGUAGUGGAGUGCACUGAAACUGCACCGUUUUUGCACUUUCUAGCAGAAGUGCAGAAAACUGGGUAUGUUCCAUUGACACUUCUGUUAGAAAGUGCAAAACCAGUGCAAUCCACAACACCGGUGUCAAUCAAUCGAAAAUCCCAUGAAACUAAAAACGAUAGGCAUAUGUCGUUUUUCAUUGAAAAACACCGGGGCAGUGGAUUGCACUGGUUUUGCACUUUCUAGCAGAAGUGGGAAUGAAACACGUCUAGUGGCCUGCGCUUCUGCUAGAAAAUGCAACACCAGUGCAAUCCACCGCCCCGGGGUUUUUCAAUGAAAAACCUCAAUAGUGUGCUGUGAGAACUGCAUCGAAUAGUGCAUGGCAUUUGGUAACCAAGUUCCCAUCCAAACCAUUUCUGUUUCAUUGCAAAUGAGAUCAGCAAUUUUCGGGCUGCAAACAUUUCGGGAUAAGGUUUUCCACACACCCGGAUCUCGUUAGUUUUAAAGCCAAAAGGGUAUUUAUUUCAAAUUACGUGUAAUAACGCUUUCGAUUGAUUUUGGGACUCUACAGUAUGCAUGUUGACAUCUGGCAAGUAAUGUUACAAUGGAGUAAUAAGUUCAUAUAUUCAGCAAGGAAAGAAUCCCAUCGAGCAUUUAAGCUUUUUAGGUCUCAUCUCCCAUCAUGUUUCAUAUUAAUACGUUGUUUGAAAAGCUCAUAAGAAUCAAGCAGCUCUAGUGGCUAGACAGGUAUUUUUGUAUUUAUAAAAUUUUCUAACUGAAACCGGUUUGUAGUGAACACCUACAGAAACAACAAACGUCCCCAAAUUGCCCCAGCACCGGCUUUGGGUGACUACUGAAUGAUAUAUUUAUGUCCUGCCAGUAUUUAACGUCCAUGAUGAUAGUUGUUCGUAACAAGAGAAGAAACCUAAAAACAAAGCAUUGAAUAGAUAAUGGAACGGAAUAGAAGGAAAAACAGAAGAAAUACUCCAACAUUAUUGAAACUAGUGUGAUCAGAAAAGUAUUACUUUUGCUACUUGAUUGAUUUUCCGGUAGUAACCGUUAAGAAUCAAAAACUAAAUACCUAUAAACAAAGAAAAUUGCUUCAGGCGCUUGCAUUAAACGGUAGAUUGAACUGCAAAAACAGAUCAGUAUUAUAGAAACAGGAAAAAUCCAUACAACUAUCGCCGAUUGCCUAAGUAUUAACAAAGCUCUAGUGAAAUGCAACUGUUUUGUAAGCCGAAUAUUCCAACCAAUCAUGCAAACCUGUAAACCGCAACCAAAGAGAUAGGACGUGGUCCCGAAAACAGGCAAGUCCAGUCAGUAACAGAAAUCCUUCCAAAGUUUAUUUUUCUACAUUUGCAGCAGGCAGCUUCGAGAGAUUAAAUGCAAUUAGGCCGUAGUGAUACAAAUAUAGCUAGUGCGGAGUCAAGCAGCUUAGGAUAGCUAACCAAAUCUAGACGCUGUCUAUUUUUUCUACCUAGAGCGUUUAUAUCAAUGUGAAUUAGAAGCUCAACGCAGCUGUUGAAGAGCAUUUAUUGUUUUUGUUUCUGAAACUGGAGCCGGAAUUAUUUGAACUUCGGUUUUCAAACCCAGCUUCGUAAUUGUUUGAAACCCUGUAAGGCUAUUUCAAGCGCGUCAAUAUAUCUAUCUAGACUUAAAAAUAUUAUUGCUAAAAUUAACAAACUAACAAGCAGGAUGAUGUGCAAUGUGAGCAGUUAUAAAUAGGAUUCGGUAUAAAUGUAACUGUAGUUAUAUAUUUAAAUGUAAGAAAACGCUGUAACGAAAGAUGAAACUUUUUGAAAUGGAAAUCAAAAUAUAUGUUGUUAUAAUUA